AUGCGGCUAUUACAUACGACUACACUUGAAUUGCGAGAGUUUUCCGGCACAGAUAUACCUCCAUAUGGCAUCCUGUCCCACACUUGGGGGCGCAACGAGUUCACAUUCAAAGAUCUUCAGACGGAUGGAUAUUGCGGUGGGAUCACGAAAAUCGAUGGCCUCUGUCGUGUCGCUCGGGGCGAAGAGCUUUCCUGGGUUUGGAUAGACACUUGCUGCAUAGACAAAAGCAGCAGUGCUGAGCUAUCCGAGGCCAUCAAUUCUAUGUUUCAAUGGUACAAGCGGGCAGUAGCAUGCUACGUUUUCCUUGAAGAUUGCGAGAUCGAAAAGCUCGAUGGAGAAGGUCCUGAACAUUUGAAUAUCCCGAUAAAUCCAUUCAGCCCACUACCUCCGACACGUGCUGAGGACACCGACGUCAAGAAUUCCUACAAUUUUGUUGAUCUGAUUCACGACAUAACGAGUAUCAAUGUUAUCGCACUAUCCACGGAAUUCGAAGCUGUGCAUCAGAAUUUCUCCGUUGCUGAGAAGAUGAGUUGGGCAGCGAAGAGAGAAACUACCCGGAUAGAGGAUAAAGCUUACUCCCUCAUGGGCCUGUUCGACGUCAAUAUGCCGUUGCUGUACGGAGAAGGUGAAAAUGCUUUCUUCAGGCUCCAGGAAGAAAUCAUCAAGAAGACUGACGAUGAGUCAAUAUUUUCUUGGGGCUACGGAGAAGACUUCACAUCUGCGGGCGGACUGUUUGCCAGGUCUCCAGCCGACUUUCUCAAAUGCAGGGAUGUCACAAUUGGUGAGAUCAGCAACAGCCCUCACUAUUACUUAACGAACAAAGGUCUUUAUAUCCAGGCACGCAUCUCACACACAGAUCCAGUCUUGGGACCUUUCUUCUACGCCAUGAUACACUGCACGGAUAGGAAUUUGGCUUCAACGAAGCACUGUAUAGCUAUUCCUCUCUGCUACUCAGGCAACCUCAUCUUCCGCCCCCCUGAAGCUAUACCUUUCAUGAUUGAGGAAGGUAGCAGCAGGACCGCUUUCAGCAAGGAUCUCGUCAGUCUUUACAUCAACCUUACCCGAGAUCCCAACAAUUCCAAAACAUUUCCGAAGCCGGGAUAUAUGUUGACACAGUUGGAGCCAUGCUCAACUAUUCAAAUGGCUUCUAUCUAUCUACCCUGGAACUCACUUGUGGAAGUCUAUCCUCCGAACUGGCGUCCACUGUAUAAUAAAACUUCACGACCAGUGACAGUAGUACGAAAUUUGGGGUCACCAACAACAUCCGCAACCGUCUGGAUGAGAUUUUCACCCAAAAAAUGGGCGGUCUCUCGCUCUCUCGCCUUGCGACUAGAUUUAGUUUGGAUGUUGGGAUCUCGGAAGAAUUCGAAUCGCCUUGGGCUAGCGCUGAAGUCUGUAAAAUCCCUUGUGAAGCUUAUACCAGGGGAAAAGCCACUGUUCGUGGACAUCUUAGAGAACGGUUUAUUGGGUUGGGAGGAGAGUGCGCCUUGGGGAGAACGCCAGGUGAGUGUCUACUGGGCGCAAGGUGAAUUCGAGGGCAACAUUCGUUUGUACUUUAGCUAG